CUGUGACUGUGUAGAUCUAGGAGUCAUUUUGCGAGCUAGCAUUCUGAUUCAUUGAACAUGAGUUACACUCACAGUCAGUACCAGUAAUAUCCGUGAACCCGGUAGAUCUCCGGUACUGUCGCCGUGUCGGUAGCUCAACAAGAACUUUGUAUUAGUCAUUUGGGCAGAGACCGGUACGAGGUAGAGAGAAACGGAGGCGAGCUCUAGCGGUGCACAUCAUCAGCACACGUUCACCAGCUGAAUUUCUGAAAGCACCCCGUUGUGCUGUCGACGAGAGGUUAGCUGCCAAUAGCAAAUCCGACAUUUCGUUCGCAAUUAUUCUGCAGUGGCACAUUUUUAGUUCUGGGCUCAGAGAGCUUCGCCUCCGACGGGUGCAGGUGCAGCGCGCAGACGAACGCAUCAAAUAAUUACCCAGUGCAUGCUGGGGCCAGUUGGAGCUGUGAUCACCUCAACCACCCUCCGCCACAGUUCACUAGCGCGUCUGGUAACUCGAGUGGGAUACAGUAUUUCGAUAGUCGCAGUUUCCGGAGAUCCGAGAUUCGACCGCUGGUUUGUUACGCUGCCCAUCCGUUAGCUGCACUACCUGCUCCGCGAUGUAGCCAUCUGCUGAGUUAGCGGUGUGGAUGAAUUCCGUCGGAUGGUACGCGGAACGAGAAGCAACUGAAUGAAGUCCGCUUGAGCGAUCGUGACGCAUCGACAUUCCCGUUACAGAAAAGCUGACAGGAUAGCUUUUCUAGAUCAAGCAAAGGACGAACCAUCGGACAGGGUCUCUAGAGAGUGACGUCAUCGUGACAUCAUCACUGCGACAUGGCAAUGGCCAGCGCUUCGGGGACCAGGGACUCGGUGGCUGCUUCCCGGGAUACGCUCGCCGUUCCUCGCAGCACCGCAGGGCCUAACGUGGCGGCGAGCAGCGCAGGCGAUAAAGCCCGCCGAGCCCUUUAUCUGGCCAAGAAACGUCUCCCGAAACAUCACCUCCUGCAACGACCAUUCAGCCAUGAGCCCGGUCAUCGAUCACAGCAUAGUACACCAGUCGAACCGCGGCCGUCAGCUAACAAUCAGGGAAUUGAGACCUUGAAGAGUGGAUUGUUACGCAAACGACCGCGGCAUGGCAGGGGUGAUUUUGGUCCACUUCGGCUUUUCAGGCUGACGCCGAGCAAGCUCAUGUUCUUCCACACAACCCGUCCGGAAGGCGAAGCAGUAUCAAUGUCUUUAGCUGGCGUGAAGGAGGUUGAAGAUUUACUCGGAGAUGACACCGUAUUCAUUGUCCGCGGCGCCAACUAUGAACUUCAGUUGAAGGCAGAACACAAGGCAGAUCGCACAUCGUGGAUACUUGCCAUAUGUGAAGCUGUGAAGGAAUGGGCCAUCGAUUUCUCACCGUCCGCUGAGUCGUCCGCCCUGGGGGAACCACAAUCCGAGGACGAGCUGGCUCAUCUGCCGGAGAGUGUCUCUAGCAGAUCCCGUUGGGAUGACGUCAUGGCGGAGGCUAUCACGGGCGAGAUUGACCUGGAUGAUUACUGUGUGGUAACUCCGGCUGCCUCACUACCGCACUUGGCCGAGUGUGACUCUGAUGAAGACGGCGAAGGCGUCGAAGACGUCAUGAACAGUAGUCUUGACUCGAGAAGCCGGAGCAGGGGUUCACACUGCAGCUCCCUGGCCGACAGUUUUAGUGCGCCUAGUGCCCCGUCCGUUCCGGGUGUGCAUGUCACGCCGUCGUCGACGCGGCCAGCUCCGGUUGCACUGUCGUCGUCGCCGCACGGGACCAGAGAUGUAUGCGCCUGCGGUGAUGCGACGUGCCGCGGAUGUGGCCUGCUCACACCCCCACCACCGGACUCGUACAUCUCGUCGAUAACGAACCUUUCGGCAGGCGAUCGAUUGUCCUAUGCCAGUAUGGAUGAGGAGCGCAUGAAGCGAAAAGACAACCAGCCAUCGGUCAUCAACGAGUUCAACCAUCGAGCCGGCGGCUCCAUGCGCAUCACCGUCCGCAAGACCGUCCGUCGAAAGCCCAAAUCCAUACGACGCCUGCACAAGGGCAGUCAGAACAGCUCCACGUCUGAAGUCAUCAGCAAGGUGAUCAGCUUUCACGGAGCACGGGACGGCGAUGAUGUCGCCACCUACGAACCUCAUCACCACCACGCCAUCAGACGGAAGAGGAACAACACGGCUCAUUCUGUGGACAUUGCUGUGCAGAGUCUGUCACAUGCCGACUCAUCGAUGAUCAAGUAUCCACGCGGGGGUAACUCUAUUCCACAUGAGAGGCUCUUCACGUUUGAUGUCAAGAACAGACAAAUCCUAUGGAAAAGAGAUCUGGUCGGCAAUCUCAAAUCAGGAUACAGCGAAAAGAACGCAAUCAACCUGGACUUGGUUGUGGAUGUUCGCUACGGGCAGAAAACGGAGAAUUUCACCAAGUUUGCCUGGCCUGAAGUUCGCAAGAUCUCUUUCUCACUGAUGGUCAUUGUCGAACGAGAUCGCCACAUCCUCAUGGAGUCGCUUGAUUUGAUCCCAGACCGACCGGAUGUCUUCAAGAGGUGGCAGCUAGUGUUAAAUCACUUCCUGCCCCGUGCCGUCAAGGGUAUUUCCCAGGAGAGCAUGAAGCGUGAGCAGGAGAUUCGUGACGAGGAUCCGGUUCUAAGAUGGUUGUUCCGCGAGUGGGUGUAUCUUAACCCAAACACAUCGACGGGCACGAUUCACGAGACGAAAGUAUGGCCGUUCAUGGUGCGACUGCUGCCAUCCGCAUCGCUGCUCUUCCUGAAGAACUGUGUCAGGACGACAAGACAAGUCCAGGCCUGCAUGGGAGCGACGCACGAAGAUUCGGUCAACGAGGACGGCUUUGUCGUUCUGUUCCACAACAUGUGCUCGUUUGGCAGACUGAAUGCCAUCUACUUGACGUACGCGCAGAGCUUCAAGGGCGAAAAUGGCGAAGUGAUCGGCAUGACUGCUCAGGAACUCGUCACAUUCUCAGCUCAGAGCCAGGGUGAGGAACUGACUGAAGAAGAGUGCCUGGAGCUGAUUCGCCGCCACGACAAACACUACACUGCCUUCAAGCUGUUCAUGUGUGGCAGCGAUCCGGCCACGUAUCGCCUGAGUCGCAACACGUUGUCCUUUCCGGGUUUCCUAAGUUUGCUACGCAGCAGCUAUGGGCACAUUCAAGACCAAAGCGAGUUGGUAGUCAAUCAGGACAUGACAAAGCCACUGUCGAGUUACUUCAUCAACUCGUCGCACAACACCUACCUGACCGGUGAUCAGCUGAAAGGCAAGAGCAGCCCGGAGGCCUACAUCCUUGCCCUGCAGCAGGGCUGUCGCUGUUUGGAGCUGGACUGCUGGGAUGGACCAGACGGUGAUCCUAUCAUCUACCAUGGCCACACGUUCACAACACGAAUCCGUUUCUUGGACGUUGUUAAGACGAUAAAGGAAUAUGCUUUCCGCGCCUCCGAGUAUCCGGUAAUCCUGUCACUGGAGAAUCAUUGCAGUGAACCACAGCAGAAACGCAUGGCGGAGAUCUUCCAGAAUGUUCUUGGCGAGAUGCUGGCUACGGACGUCUCUUUGGUCGAUGAAGAACAGUGUCGGCUGCCUUCACCGGAGCAGCUGAAGCGGAAGAUCAUUCUGAAAGGCAAGAGUGAAAAGGCAAAAGCAGCUUCAGCUGCAAGCAAACCCAGCCUGCUGACAAGGUCACUGACUUCAUUGGCGUUCACCAUGUCAAUUGAGCGAAACAGUUUCAGCCAAUCACCAGCUCGAGGAGCCUCGCCAGCAACUGCCUCAAACACGGACAGUGACGGAGACCAGAUGGACGGACUCACUAAGGCUGAACGACGAAAAAUGAUGAAGACGGAAGCCUCAUUGGAGACUCGAACUCGCUACAUCCAGGCAAUCGAGAAGGCCGCAGCGCGUGCGUCUGACACACCGGACUUGACCAACGCAACAGGCACUGUGUGUAAGCAGCCCGACCAAGCGGAGAGGUGGGUGCAGAGUGGAACGGCGGCUGAAGAGAAGGAGAUUGAGCAAGAGGAGCUAAGUCAUCUGGUCGUGUUCUGCAAAGCGGAGCACUUUCCCGGCUGGAAGGGAACGAAGAAUCACUCCUGCUGUCAGAUGUAUAGCUUCAACGAGGGUGACGCCAUCAGACGGGGCAAAACAAAUUACAGAGACUUCAUUGACUGCACAUCGCGGCAGCUCAUUCGCAUCUACCCCGCGGGGACGCGCGUAUCAUCAUCCAACUACGACCCACAGAUGAUGUGGAAUUGCGGUGCACAGCUGGUUGCGUUGAAUUACCAAACUCCAGAUAUCCCUAUCAUGCUCAACCAUGCCAAGUUCCGUGCCAACGGUGGCUGUGGAUAUGUCCUGAAACCAGCUUGUCUCAGAGAACCAGAGUCAGAGGAUAACCGGUAUCGGCAGUACAACCCAUUCGACAUGUCCUUACAGUUACACAGUGUCAAUCACAUGUUCCUGGAGAUCAAGGUGAUGAGCGGGCAAUGUCUGUUCAAUCCGCAAGGCAGCUCCGUUCCAACGGUGGAGGUGGAUGUCGUCAUCAGUGGAAUACAGUCCGACAGCGCAAGUGUGACAUUUGGUGUUGCGCUCGGUAGCAAUACACUGUCACCGGAGUUCACUCCACUCACUGCAGCACCUCCUUUGAGAUUGGUCAUGCCGGAGAUGUGCACCGUGAUGUUCCUUGUCUACCACAUACGCGGAAGUCGAGUGCUGUACGCGCAGAACGGCUAUCCCGUGACGAGUCUCAAGCACGGAAUACGAUACGUACCAAUGCUCUCGCCAUCUUGCCAGCCACUCCCGCACAGCGGUCUCUUCGUGAAAGUGGAGGACGUGGCCAUGACUCUCGGCAAGAAGCUGCAGCAGGAGCGCCUGUCCCUGGGUGGUAGUAGUGAGGGCACCUCUCAGCCUUCGUCUCUGCAAAUGCAAUCGCUCGGCUCACUCCAGGGCCAAGGCCGUAACUCGCUGACAUCGAACUCGCUACUGUCGCACUCGCCGCAGACAUCGCAGAAAUCCGUCCCGAUCGGAAUCCCAGAAGAGGACGAGGAUGCUGCCACGUCUAUGCAGACAGCAAAGGCAACAGCAGCGGAUGACAUGAGUCCUGCACGUGAUCGAAGUGCGAAGAAGUGCAUGUCCGCUCCGGGUAGGCCUACCACAUCCUCGGUGCGAAGCACUCGUACGGAGACAUCCGAUAUCGAUGUGAUGGAGGCGCUCCCCCCGUGGGCAGGCACGCUGCAGCGCUCGGCUGAUAGCGCAGCUGAUGUCGGAGAGUAUGCAGAUGACAGCACGGAUGGUCCUGAGAAUGCUACGGCAUCUGCUGCUUUUUCCUCAGCUGCUGGUGGUGAUGUUGCUGGUCGGGCUGAAGUCAAAGAAGAAUCGAAGCAGCAACGUAGCGGUGGUGCGCCGAAAAGGCCCAGUACAAAGUCCCUCAAGUCACUCCCGCGGCAGAAGUCAAUGGAGUACGAUACACCGCAAUGCGCCUUGCUUCAUGACCUUUCCGAGUCACCGAGCAUCGAGACGAACUGCUCGGACACUGCUGAACAGUGCCGCGCACCACCUCCCGACAUACUUAUCGAUGGGCCGUCGACGCUUGUCUAAGUAUACACCGAAGGAUGAUGAACAUUGCUCAAAUGUCCGCAGGGGCUUUUUCUGUUGAACACGCUUUUAGGAGUAAUGCUGCCAUCAUACAUAGCAUGGUACAUUUGAUAUCAUGAUGAUUUUUUUCUAGAAAUUAGAACAGUGUAAAAAUUGCACAACGGACAAAAUCGAUAAUAAUAAUAAUUAUUACAAGUAUAGUUACAGGCGCAAAGAAUCUACUGGACAUGAGCGUUAGGGAGUUAGGUUCGGUUAGAAGUCGGAGUUUAGUACAAUUAUAGUAAAUACUGUUGAUGUAAAACCCAAGAAGCGUGGGUUCAUUUGCGCCUUUUCCCCAUUACUGUUGAAGAACCGGAUCUAUAGUCUUGCAAGUAGGCUGGCUACUCGUAACUGGUACGUUGAGUUUUAAGAGGCACAUACGCUGCUAUCAGCAACUAAACUUACUUCAGUACAGGUAUCCCUUUAACUUAGUGUUUCAAUUUGUUCACAAUUAUUACUCAUCAGUUGGAACUAUAGGACUUGAGAGAACGGGUAAUGAUCAAACGUUCUAGCUCUGGUUCACCAGAACUGCAAAAGCAUGGCCCUCUCCAACUAAUUUACUUACAAUGAGUAAUACGAGUUAGAUUUUCAUCAUGCGCCAUUCAUCUUGGUUUAAUUUUGACCAUCUGCAUUUUGGGGGGGGGGGGAAGCAGUUGCAUGCAAAUGCACUCCUCGUCUCCUGGACCUUCCAUUUCUACUCAAUUUUAAAAGUAACGCAUCAACGGGAUUACUUCAGUUGGCUAUUUAUUUUUUUCUGUUACAAGUCCAGCACCUCUCAUUCUGUGGUAUCAAAAACAUGCAAGCUACUUCAGUUGAGUCACAUUUUUUCAUUUAUCUAUAAAACUUAAAGUUGCUUCUGCAUCAAA